UGUUAUUAUUUUUGAAUCUUAUCAGUUGCUUAUCACUUGAAACACUUCAAAUCAUCAUCAUAAUUAAUUGGUUUUAUUCAAAUCAUUUCAAUUAUGAAUAAUUGAAUGACAAUGUAGGGACGCGAUCAAAGAUACGUCAACUCCACAACAAUGUCGUUUAUUUUCGCGUAUCGUGAACAAUGGUCAAGUACGUAAUGAAUGAGUCGAAGAUGUGGUUCCAGUAUCACACAUAUUUGUUGAUAAUUUCGCUUUUGGGCACUUCUUCUGCCUAUAAACCAGUUCUUAUAGUCCAUGGAAUUCUAUCUGGAAAUGAGACGAUGCUCAAAUUUGCUGAAAUAAUUAAACAACAUCAUCCCGGUACCAGAGUUUAUAUAUGUUCACGGUUUAACAAAUGGAAUAGUUUAGAACCGAUGGCUCAUCAAGUGUCAGUAAUUGGUGCUGAUUUGCUGCAGAUUUCUGCCUUACAUCCGGAAGGAUUCCAUUUAAUAGGUUACUCGCAAGGUGGAUUGUUAUCCAGAGCAGUGUUGGAAUUUUUCCCUAUGCAUCUCGUACGUAAUUUCAUAUCGUUGAGUUCGCCCCAGGCUGGUCAAUAUGGAACCAAUAUGUUGCAUAUAUUCUUUCCCAAUUUGGCCAAAGAAGAAGCGUACAAAGUAUUUUACUCAAAAUAUGGUCAAUAUUUGUCUGUGGCUAAUUAUUGGAAUGAUCCUCAUCAUCAAGAUUUAUUUUACAAAAUUUGUAAAUUUUUACCUUCCAUCAAUAACGAAAUACCAUUACCAAACAAUACGAGUCAGUUUUUCAAAAGAGGUAUUACGAAGUUGAAAAAAAUGAUAUUAAUAGGCGGGCCAGACGAUGGUACUAUUGAACCAUGGCAAUCUAGUCAUUUUAGUUAUUACAAUGAGAACGAGACUGUUAUUCCGUACAAAGAGAGGCGUAUCUACCAGGAAGAUUUAUUCGGUUUACGAACACUAGACGAACGAGGAGCUUUGCACGUGUUUACUGCGAACGGUGUAAAACACCAUUUUUGGUAUCGAAACACAACUGUGAUAAAAAAAUACAUUCUACCUUGGUUGAACUAGAUAGAAACAGGAAACAAUGCUUGUUUAAACAGAUGACAUGACAUUUCGCAGUGAACAUAUUUGUACAAUACUCUGGAGGUUAUUUACAAACGUACAAUUUUUUAUCGAUGUUUUUUUUAAAAAUAAAAAUAUAUUUUAUUUUUUACAUAAAAGUAUUAGUAAUUUUAGAUCACAGUUUCUACUCGUUAAAAAUUAAUAUAAAAAUUUGUAUAGUUAAUAGGAUGCGAAACUUUUUCCGAACACGAAUCUGUUGAUCAGAUCGAAGGCGAAGAGAGGUUGAUCAGAAGGCACCAUAUGGCCAGCAUUUCGCACCAAAACUUCAUUAAGAUUACGUACUGUCUUCGAGUACCCGGCAACUUGAUCUUUAAUUUUCCAAAUAUCACGUUUAGCCGUCUUAUAUUCGUCAGAUCCACUCCAUUUCAGUUGUUUCAAGAAUUCGAGCGUUAACGGAUAAGCGACAAUGAUAUCCAGCUGACCAUUGUACACCAGCAUUCGAUAAUUUUCGAGUAAGACUUCAAAAUGAGGAGCGACCGAUUUCAUGACAUCUCCUUCCAUAUGUUUUUCCACCUCUUGAGCGAUUACGUGGAAAGUUAAAUUUCCAACGUGAAUAGCAUCUCGAACGUAAUCUUGCUGUAUGAAAUCGCUAACGAAAUCAAAACCUUCGUCUUUAGCUUUCAAAUAAUUGUAAUAAUUGGUAUAACCAGUUAAAUUAGUAAAUACGCUGGUUGAAUUAGUCAAGUCGUUAUUUAACAAGCAAUCGAAUCUUCUGAACGCUUCGACCCAUUUUCCUUGUUUGAUUAAUUCAACAGCUUCGUCACGUUUGCCAACAAAUAUGUCUCUACCGUUUUGAUCGAUUAAUCCGAUUUCUAGCAAGUAGUCGCCGUAAUUCAGCAUAUUAACCGGGUCACAAAAUCCAUUGCCGACUGAAACACCUUUCAGAUUGAUUUUAACGCUGGCGUUUUUAUUCUCCUCGUGUACUCUGUAGGCUAAAGCAGGAGCAUAUUUGCCUCCGUAAGAUUCA